AUGUCUUCACUCAUCAUUUCUAGCGUGGGAAAGUUACUGAAGGUGUCCAUGUUGGUAAGCCUCUCAGUACAAUCUUUCUUGUUAGUUUUGGCACCUAUUCGAAAAUGGUCAAGAAGCAACCUCAUUGCAUGGUCUGUAUGGGGAUUUUACUUGGUUGCAGACUGGAUUGCUGCAACAAUUAUAGGACAAAUCAUCAAGAGCAACGACACUAAAACCGACGAUCAUUACUCGUUGUGGGCUUCUUUUCUUUUGAUGCAUCUCGGCGGCCCUGAUACCAUUACUUCAUUGUCUUUAGAAGACAACGAGCUGUGGAUCAGACACUUGUUUGGCCUCAUUUUGCAAGUUCUCUCAGCUGUUUUUACUCUCUUCAGGAGAGGAUCCAAAAACAGGUUGUUGUGGCCUAAUAUCUUAGUUUUCAUUGUAGGAGUCAUCAAGUUUGGAGAGAGAACUUGGGCUUUGCGCUUGGCAAGUCUGAAAAAAUUUGGAGAGACCAAUUUGCCUGAUCCAAAUCCUGGUCCUGACUACAAAGAAGCUGAGCAACUCUACUCAACAGUGAGGCCUGUUCAGGUUCAAGGUACCAUAACAGAGAUGAUGGCAUCAGCUAUGAGUGGUGGUGUUAGCAAUUAUGGUCAACACUCAACCGAUGAAGAAGAAUCUAAUAAAAAAGAUUUUGAUGAGAUGAAACUUUUACAAGAGGCAUAUACCUUUUUUGGUACCUUUAAGGGACUUAUUGUUGGUUUUCUUCUUAGCUCUAAAGAUAGAGAGUGGAGUCGUAGUUAUUUUUUCCAUGAAAAUGCUGCUCGUGCAUUUAGAUUGGUUGAAUACGAGCUCUGUUUCAUGUACCAAGUGCUCCAUACCAAGGCACUUGUCAUACAUGGGAAACUUGGUUACUCUCUUCGCUUCAUUACUAUUUGUUCCACUGUUUUAGCCUUCUUGGUUUUCCUUUUCAUUGAGAAAAAACAUGGUUUUGGUAAUUUUGAAAAUUGUGUUACUUAUGCCUUGUUCAUUGGAGCCAUUGUCCUUGAAACUUUCUCUGCUGUCAAGCUUAUGUUUUUGGAUUGGGUUCUCUUGGCAUUUAAAGAUAGUUGGUUUAUUAAACAUGUUCCCAAUAUGAUAUUAAGAAGAAAAAGAUGGUCCAAAUCAGUUUCCCAAAUGGACAUAAUUGGUCAUUGUUUACAACCUGAGAUAAAAUUCGAAAAUUUAGUUUGUUAUCUUCACAAGUAUGGAGUGUCCAAGCUCAUGAAAAGGAUGUUGUACAAUUUUUCAUACCGGAAAGCAGUGGAUAAGGAUCUCGAGAUUCAUAUUUUCGAGGAGACGAAGAAUAAAUCCAAGAAGGCAAUUAGUUUGAGAGAUGCAAUGGAAGCAUGUUCACAAAGAGGAGAAGCAGCUCUGUUGCAGAAUUCUUCAAGCUAUAUUAAACUGAAAUGGAGCAUAGGUGAGUACCAAUAUGCUGAGAGCCUUCUUCUUUGGCACUUAGCUACUGAGCUUUGCUACAAUGAUCAAGCCAAUUCAACAGAAGAAGAUCAAUCAUUCUCUCAACUCUUUGCUCAACGCUUUUUCGAUACAUGUAUCUGUCAAGGACAUCAAGAAGAAGAACAGAAUGCCAAUGAUCAACAAUCAAGUGGCAUUGAUUACAAAAACAUUUGCCAGCUGAUCUCGAAAUACAUGUUCUAUCUUCUAAUCGAAAAAUCAGACAUGUUGGCACCGGUUUUAGGGAAUUGGAACAUAGUGUUUGCAGAUACUUGUGAAGAAGCAAGGAGAUUUUUCGACAAGCACAAGAUUUCGUGUCAUGGUAAAGCAUGUUGGGAGAUUCUUUCUAUGAAACCGAAAGUUAGAUCGAGAGCUGUAAAGGGUGAGAGAAGCAAGUCUGUGUUGUUUGAUGCGUGUAUUCUUGCACAACAAUUACAGAAUGAGGAAUCACAAUGGAAGAUUAUGAGUGGAGUUUGGGUGGAAAUGUUGUCAUAUGCUGCUAUUAAUUGUACACCAUUUUUUCAUGCAAAGCAAUUGAGUAAGGGAGGAGAGCUCUUGACUUUCACAUGGCUGAUAAUGAAUCACUUGGGUUUGGGAACACAAUUUGCCGAGCAAGAACAACAAGCUGGAACAAAGAUGGACACAAUAAUUUGA